GGAGUGAAGAUGCAUCUCGCAGUAUCCAGUGUCCUAAGCUAAGUUCCCGGUAGACUAACAUUGCACAACAUCGCCCAUUGACAACCAACCCAACACAGGUCUCAAGGGACUCGCAAUCGGGCCUGUUUCUUUUUACAUAACAGCUGCAGGCCGUUGACAGACUGGAACGGUUGAUAAAAUUUUAUGCCGACUUGCGGUUUGGGUAUCCCCGGGAAAUAUCGGCUUUGUCUCCUGAAGAAUUUCUAACAUCGUUUUGUUCCUCCAUCCAGGUUCCCGUUUUGUCCCUUUUUCCUUCUUUCCUUCUUCUUUCCCUUUCGUUCCACUUGUGCCGUCCCCUUGAAAACACUCCGACUAUCAAUUACGAUUUACGACUGGCAUGAUACGGUGUAUAGACCUAUAGACCUCCCUCACUUACCCUCACACCCCUGUGACGAUCCUUCUGUUUGCCUCAUCACAUCUACCCACGACUUUCUCUACCCCCACUCUCCCCUCCAGAGACGAUCGAAGCUACCCUGGAUCAUUCUCUCUCAACAUUUAUCGUUCCGCUGCAACCUUUGUUUUUUUAUUUUUACCGCUCACUUUCUCCUUCCUUGUGUUGAGCUGGAUGGGCUGCUUCGAUAGCAGGUUGCAGGAUAGUCAUCUUCUGAAUUACUCCCUUCUGGGCUCGAUUUCUAAGGCGAACGCGUUUACUGCGAGGAGGAUUCGACAACUCGCAUCUAGCUUGCAUACGGAAGGGAAGGGGGGAGAGCGUUUGGCCAUUCUGUGAAAUAGGCCAUCGCCGAAUUAGCGAAGCUACUGCUUUCUCUUAUCGGCCUGUCGGCCCAUCCCCUUCCUUUGCUGGGAGGUGAAAAUUGUGUAUACUGUAAUAAGGCUUGACGUGAGUAGUAUGGUUUCCUUUCCCUCUCUUAGAUGGUGCUCUCGAUUAUAGGGGAUUUGGACUGAUCAUUGGGCCCGUAAUCAGACUUCAGAUCUUUGACAACCUUACAUUUCACGCGGCUGCUUCCUGGGAAGGAUCACCCAACCGCGGCUGCCAUGAGCGCUCUAAAGCCUCCCUGCCCGGAAAGGGAAUUGCCGUCAGCGUUUAAUUCACGGACGUUCAAUCUAGAUAUGUCGAUAAAGGUCGACGCUCCUGUAGGAUCUAUGUACGUUUUUUGUGAGGGUUGGCUUAUAUGGGGUAGAGUCAACUUGGUUUUGUUUCUGACGGUAGAUUAGGUCUAUAUCGCCCAGUAGCCGGGAUGUGGUAUUAGCUUCGUGAGUGUGCCUGGAACAACUGUCCUACGCUUGUGAACUGAACUCCCAUAGCCGGCAGGGCCUUCAUAUAGUGGAUCUCGAUAAUCCAUAUGAUCCACCACGCUUUCUUCAGCAUCUGACAGCUUGGUCAGUCGCCGACGUCCAAUGGUCGCCGCACGCAUCUCAUUCUCACUGGGUGGCCUCGGCAUCUAACCAAAAGGCCAUCGUGUGGAAUCUAGCUCUCCCAUCCCGCAAGGCUAUUGAACAUGUUCUACAUUCUCAUACUCGAGCUAUCACGGAUAUCAACUUUUCCGCCCAUCAGCCAAACACCCUAGCUACGUGUUCGAUCGAUUCGUUCGUGCAUUGUUGGGACCUAAGAAUACCCCGGCGUCCCGUUAUGAGCUUCUGUGACUGGUUCGCUGGUGCAACUCAAGUUAAAUUCAACCGACAGAACGAGCAUAUACUGGCUAGCUCACAUGACAAAUAUUUAUACAUAUGGGAUAUGCGAAUGGGAGCACACGAAAUACGGAAGAUAAGUGCGCAUUCCACCAAGAUAUAUGGGUUGGAUUGGAACCGAACUAGGCCGUCUGGGAUUGCGACAUGCGCCCUUGAUAAGACUGUCAAGUUUUGGAACUAUGAAUUGAGCCCUCAAGAUACGCCGGAGCGAGUGAUAAAUACCUCGUUUCCUGUGUGGCGGGCCCGUCACACGCCAUUUGGGCGGGGAAUCUUGACCAUGCCACAGCGAGGCGAUACGUCGUUGUAUCUUUGGGAUCGUAGGACGAAGGCCGAUCACAUAGACACUCCUGUUGCAACAUUCGAGGGUCACACCGAUCAUGUCAAAGAAUUCCUUUGGAGGUGGAGAGGUGGAGAGAGCGAAGAUGGGUUGGAUGACCGUGAAUUCCAGCUUGUAUCUUGGGGUCUUGACAAGGAUAUCCGACUUUGGAGUAUCGACAAGGAGGUCAUGGAGAGGGUUGGGCACGACUCGAAGAAAAAAAUGAGAUUUAGGGUCACAAGAAGAGGGGCUCAAUAUAAGACCUAUCGUGACGAAGAUGCCAUAGUGAGGGAGUCAGGUACUGCUAGCAAAGUUCCGGCAAUAGGCGGAAUGAGACAUCUGCCACGGUUAAGCAUUGGUGGUUUCGACGGGGAAAAGGAGAAUAUGAAGGGUGGGUGGAGGGAGAGCCUCUUUCCUCAAGGCCAAGGCACUAGGAGUGGAGUUAUGAGCCCCGUAUCCGGGUCGACCGGGCUUGGGAGACAGCUGAGCAUGGCCAGUUUGAGUGGAGAUCCGCGUUCCGUGUCUAGGACGGGGAGUCUGAAGGAGGGCGGCUUUAUGAGAGCUGGGAGGAAAAGGAGGAAAGAGAUUAAUCCCAUUACAUGGAUGAAAGGUGUCAAGAUAGGAAAGAGAAUCCCAGGGAGUGGGGGUGAGAGUGAGGAGAGCAGAAAUAGCACGAAAGGUGGUGGUUUGUUUGGGGUCGGAUGGGAUGGCCCCGAAACCCUUGGAGAUGAGAUAUCAUUGGUUGGAGUAAAGUUCCCAAAGAUCAGCUUCGAGAAGGUUAACAUAGCUGCGAGAACCUGCACUUUAUCCUUAACAGGGCCUUGGGGGACGAGAAACAAGUGGGUAUUUCUCAGAGUCGACGUUACGUUUCCGUCUGACUACCCCGGAGAUGCAAAGAGCUUGCCAGUAUUCACGCUCGAGAGGACCAACUCCAUUCCCGAUGGCAACUUGGAGGUUAUCGACGCGAACCUUAAGAAGAUAGCUGAAGCCCAUGUUGGAAAAACAAGGGUUUGUCUAGAGCCGUGCUUGUGCUAUCUGCUAGGAGAGAGAACCGAGGAUGCUACGUGGGAUCGUAGUGGGGACGAAGGUGAAAGCAGCAGUGAUGACGGCGACGGAGUAGUUGGGCUAGGCAUUAGGAGUGCUGAAGAGGAAGAGGGAGUGGGAGGCUUUCCCGAGAUUAAUAGCCAAGCCAACGUCCCACUUCCAAGAUUGUGCGGGGCUAUGUGGGCCAAUGAUGGAAGAUUGGUCUGCUUUUUCCUACCUAAGGAGGACAGACUAGGCCCGAGGAGCUUACUGAGUUCACUGGCAGUUAGAGAUGGCGAAAGGACGAGACAAUCUGGUGGCCGGCUUUGGGAAAGUUUCGGACGGCUUUACACCUCCGCCACUGGGCCACGAAGAAGAGGGCAUUGGCUAAGUGAAGCUGAUGGUGGUGGUGCCUCUGAAGAUAGUUACAGCACCAGCAGUAAUUCCUCAAGUGACGAGAGUGACGAUUCAAUUUCCGGAGGCGCCCUUAGGCCAACUUUGGGCUGGAGGUUAAACGGGAAUAUUGGGAGGGGGUUCAGAAGGGGGGGUAGUACGGACAGGAGCACCCAAAGGAGCACCGGGACAGGGGUGAAAACCAUAACUGGCUUUAAUUCCACUAAAUCCAAGAACGCAGUAUCGAUUCACGACUUUUCAUAUCUGCUCCCUGCCAAAAGACAGCUUGCCGUGGAGUACAAGGUUUCUGGAGAGGGUCCCGAUAUCUGCCGUUAUAAUGCGAAUGUGGCCGAUAAAUACGGAUAUAUUGAUAUGGCAGAUGUGUGGCGGCUUAUAGAAAUGGUUCUUUGCAACGAGGUGCCUCUGGAGAUCUGUGGAGGCCCUGACGACGAGGACAACGAAGAUAACGAUGGGCUUGAGGAUCGGGUCCUUGUCAUGGCGAGAAGAGCUACGUUAGCGAGGGGAAGGCGCGAUAGUGGCUUAGGCUUAGAUAUGGAUAACAAGGUGACUGCGAUUACCAAUGUCGGGACUAAAGAAGAUCCAAUCAAUGUGGCAUAUUGGGGGAAAAUAAAAUGGGGGGCUCAUCCCUUGGGCGGAGCACGGCUUGUGGAGGAUCUCUUCAACUAUUUUCAGAGGAAAGCAGACGUGCAAAUGUUGGCUAUGUUGAGCUGCAUAUUCUGCGAGGUUGACCCUGCGGAUGAGCUCAAGGGGGGGGGCAAAAUACCUUUUCAAGUAGGAUUCUCUCCUCUCCCAUCUGUAGCCAAAUACUUACACCCACAGGACGUACCUCUGCCUGAGAGAGUAACAACCUACACCCUUGAAUAUUUCUCGACCCUCGAACUUGCUCGUCAAACUCAGUCAAUGAUGUUGUCAGUUUCCCCACAACACCAUUCAGCAUCCAUGACUCCAAUGACACAUGGCUCGUUUGGUUCAUCCAAUGGCGGUGGCUUCAAUAGCGAUCCCAGCAUGCCGUAUUCCACCGGAACAACACCUCCGCUUCGAGGUUACGGACUUGACGUAGACGGCUUUUCCUACUUCCCCAGCCUUUCAUCAUCUCCUGAACAAACCCACCAUUACAGAAAAUCCACCGCGGGAAUGGCUGCCAACUUUAGCGCCGGACUUGUGAGGGCCUUUGGCCCAGGUACAGGAAGCCCACCAACCCGAAAGAGACCUAGCCCGGCUGAAAGUCUGAUGGGGAACUUCACUAAUGCUACUUCAGGGGUCACCUGGGGCCCUAUUACGACUAUUGGAAGUGGAUCAAAGGGCCCUCCAAGUGAAGAUCUUACCGAUACCAAUUCAGAUCAUGAGCACCCAUCUUCCGCGAGAAUUACCAUGAUGAACCUGGACAAAUUCGAUGACGAGGGCAAUGUCAAUAUCCCAUUCCUUGACCCGAAGAAAAAGAAGCUGUACCGAUCUUACAGGGAAAGCUACGCGGAUAUUCUCUAUGUCUGGCGUCUCCAAAUACGGAGACUCGAAAUAUUGCAGUUCAACGGACUUAAAUGCAAUCAAGUGGACGAAGAAGGAGAACUCGUUGGAUUCGGGAGAAAGCGCGGCAAUACCGGCGACUGGGAUGGCCUCGAAAUAGCAGGGCAUUGUUCGAGGUGUGGUGCCGUCCUGGAUGUGACCAAGGGAGCCCGAGGCGAGUGCAAGGCCUGUAAGAGAAGGCAGGUCACUAUGACUUGUUGCGUCUGCGAUGUCAUUAUCAAAGGGCUUUACGGGCCUUGUUUGCAGUGUGGCCACGUAGCGCACGCGGAUUGCCACGAAGCCUGGUUUUCCAAGGAAGGAAUUACCGAGUGUCCCACUGGUUGUGGAUGCAAUUGUAUGCAUUUUGUCGAGAACGGGUUCAAGUUCGAGAGGACCCCGCCGGUGCCCCCGGUGAAUAUUAGACCACCCAGGGAGGAGAGACCUCGGCGGCCCAUGAUGCGUCAUAAUUAUAUGCUCUGA